GGUCUGCGCUCACGUCUCUCUCUAUGCGUUCGUACCGCCACCGAGUUAGACCGACUCUACUCGCGUUACAUUAUUGCGUCUCGAUCACACUAUCACGUUUUGUUUUAGGUCUGCGACACUCCAAAAUUAUCGCGAAAGUGUAUAACGUUUCGUAAAUUCCGUCCGAUUAAAACACGAAUAUUAGAUAUAUAAUUGGGAAUCACGCGAUUCUCUCUUGGCAUCAUUGCACGAACGAUUAAAAUGAUUAAGGGAAGUCACGAGUAGCUAAAGUGGAACAAUUGUUUAAAGACACGUAAACUGCGAGUAGACGUAAUCCUCGGGGAAACAUAAUCGCGGCGAUUUUCGAGGUACACUCGGUAGACGCGUCAGCGACGCGCCGCGCCGGUAGCAACUAAACAGCUGACUGCUCUAAAACCGCGCUUAAACAAGCAAGCGGAGCAAGACAAGCGAAACAGCGGCGAAUCAAUGAGCGACGGUACCGGGAGACGUUUCGUAUACGUGCGGAUCAGAUUAGCUUCGUGGAUUAGUUCGCAGGCAAUUUAGACAAAAGCUCGGCGCGCUCACUCGAAGUUGAAAGAGAGAGAGAGAGAGAGAGAGAGAGAGAAAGAGAAUAUGUCUGGGGCGAGCGAGGCGACCACGGUGCUAUUGAAGAAGAGAGAGAGGACGCAGAACUGGAUCCCCGAGGAGAAGAGCGCCCUGUUCGCCCUGAUCAAGCACCACGUGGGCGCGAUCGAAAACAAGAAGAUCGACGCGGCCGCGUCCGCGACCAAGUCUCUCGCCUGGCAACAGAUCUACCACGCGUUCCGCGGCCGAUUCUCCGCGGAUCGAGACAUCACCAGGAUCAGGGAGCAGUGGCGCAGAAUGAAGGCGCAAGCGAGGAUGGAAAUGUACACGUACGCCGAAAAGGUACGAUCCCUGGGACCGGAAGUGGCCGCCAAGUCCCGUCCGUCGAAUCUGUCGAUCGAGGUGUGGCGGUUGAUGGAGAGUGUGCGCAAGAAUGAUUGCGAGGCCGCUGAUCGUUCGGAUGACAGUAGUCAGGAUAAUGAAAAUCCGACGAGUCGGAUGUCGAUACACGCGAUCUUGGACAAGUUGACGUUACCCACGGAUACUUCAGGAUCGGAACAGGAGAUUAAGAUCGAGAUCAACAGCGACAGCGAGGACGAGAACAGUCACGGUGAGUUGUCGCAAAGAUCGUUGGAAGAUGAUUUCUCGCGCCCGAAGCGUCCCCGAGUCAAUCUCGCCCAGGACGAGCCCAUAGAUCUCGUCGAGCAUAAGAUUGCCUACCCCGACAGCGUGUCGACGUCCCGCGUCGACGACGCGGCGGAACCCAGCAACGUCAGGAACGAGCCGUCUGGCGACUGGAACGACGGCGGUGGCCCGGCAGCGGCUACCUGCGAUAAGAAUGAAUCGGUGCAAAGAGAGACGUGGAUCUUCAAGUCUACCCAACGCGAGCACGAGCUCAAGCUGCGGAUGCUGCACAUCGAGCUGGAGCGUGCGGAGUUGCAGAAACAGACUGCUAUCAACGAGCUGAAGACGUCCGAGCUCAAGAAAAAAUUGAUGCAGGAUCAAGUCGACGAGUACUACAGUCAGGUGAGAAUGGCUGGAGAGCGUGGUUCAGGUGCUGGCAAAGGAGGAGGUGGAGGUGGUACUAUUCGUGACGCUGGUGGUUCUUUUGGAAAAAUGGAAGCUGCCCAUGAAGACCAAUACUUCUACAAUCUGCAAAAGGAGCAGUUAAAAAAGAUGCGAGAAAGUCUGCACGAUGAGAUCUCAUUCCAUGAGGAACAGAUUAAGCGUCAUCAGGAGGCCAUAAACCGCCACAAAAAGCGGAUUACAGAUAUGGAACAGAAAGAGUGAACGAAAAAGACAUAUUAGCGUGAUACUCUCUAUUUGAUCAGCUACACUAUUGGUUUUGAUGUAAAAAAAAAUAGAUAAAAAAUAGUAGAACUAAUGGAGUAUCACAGUCUUCUUAUGUAUAAACUGUUACAUUAUAUAGAUAUUAAAUACAAUGCUUUUAAUAUAUACAUAUAUGUUACUUAACAUUGAACGGUAUCUCUUUGGAUAUUAUAUAGAUUGCUUAUUUCUUGGCAAGACUAUGAUGCCUUUGUACUUGAAGUGUCUGCAAGACAGUUACACUUGGAAAUAAAACGUGUUUUUCAUUGUUGCUUAA